ACAAUCAACAGCUCGCACCAAAUAGGUAGCAGGAAACUAGGAACCGUACGAAAACAUAUCUCGUCAAUCGAAUCGUAUUUUCCAGAGGUGCAGAUUGAGGAGGCAUUGUUUAUGAUUCGCGUGUUUGUUUACGGGCGGCGCAGCGCGCGGCGGCGGCGGCGGCUGCGCUGGCAGCGAGCCACCGGAACGCGGUCACACACCAAACACACGGAUUUCUCGGGAAAAAAUAACGAAACGAGCCCAGUCGCCACCACACCACUCCGCCCGCGCCGCUCUUGCGUACUACACUCGCGCUGUGCAUUGUUUUAUUUUAAUAGAAUGUAGGCGCCUCUAACAUUGCUGCAAACCGCGUAUAAUUUAUAAUUACUUACUGCGCUAUUUAAUUUCAAAUCUGUUGACUAAAGGAGCAGUGUAAGUGUCAUUUAUAUAGAUAUUUAUUGGACGAGACGCAGACUGACGUUGUCGACGCAUAACAUUAUACUGUUGUGGUUCUGUGAGAAGUGCGCCUGCGUGAUACGCUUCUUGUGCGUUAUGUUGUGUAUAGUGCACUGAGAAUGGCGCGCGCCUGACGCAGCACUUUCGCUAGUAAAUGACUCACGCGCCGUGACGAGAAAGAGCGACCGUGCGCCGGCGCACGUGACGUUACACCUGGCCCCCACUGGUGAGUUUACCACUUCUAGUUGGUGCAGUUUUUUAUAGGUUGCACCGCACACGAAGAUAUUGAUUUGACCGUGCGCAGGCAACGGCAGUGGCGGCGUGCGCGCUGUCAAACGCAUGGCUGCGUCAACCACCGGCGUCUCGCUACAUGCAUCUGAAUAGAUGCCAGCGAUAACGGCUUCGCAGACAAUUAUAGAGUACUUAUACACCUAGUGAAGACAGCAUCAUGAUGUGGAGGUGGUGGUGAGGCUCCAUGGACACGGUGUACCCCGCGGGCGCGUCGGCGCUGGCGCGCGGCCGGCGCCUGCGCCGCGGCCCGCAGCGGGCGCGUACGCGCACGCAGCCCGUCACCUUCGCUGAGAUCAAGGAAGUGGACGAGGAGUGUGAAGAGAGCGGCGGUCGCGAAGUCCCAGUCGGCGAGGCCGUGGCGAGAGCGGGCGCGGGAGCGGGGGAGGAGCGGCGGCGGCGUGACGAGGUGGUGGCCGCGGGCGACGUCGGCGCAAUGUACCUGUCUCACUCGCGCCGCCGACGCGCGCGUAAGGACGUCAUAGUGGAGCCGCCUGACGAGCCGCCGUGCAGCCGCGCCGCCAGCGAGCCGCGCGCACCCUCCGACCCGUAGCAUCGCGCUCCGCGACCCCUUAGAAGCGCCUCCCGACCUGACCCACAUCCGUAGCAACGCACCCUCCGACCCGUAGCAUCUCGCCCCACUCUCGUAGCAUCGCGCCUCCCGACCCGUAGCAUCCCGCCCCCCGAUUCGUAGCAGCGCGCUCCCCGACCCGUAGCAGCGGGCCCCCCGAUCCGUAGCAGCGCGCCCCCCCGACCCGUAGCAACGCACCCCCCGACCCGUAGCAGCGCGCCCCCCGACCCGUAGCAGCGCGCCCCCUGACCUGUAGUAGCGCGCUCCCCGACCUGUAGUAGCGCGCCCCCAACCGUAGCAGCACACCCCCUAACCCGUAGCUGCGCACCCCCUACCCGUAGCAGCGCGCCUCCCGACGCGUAGCAGCGCGCCCCCUGACCUGUAGUAGCGCGCUCCCCGACCUGUAGUAGCGCGCCCCCAACCGUAGCAGCGCACCCCCUACCCGUAGCAGCGCGCCCCCGACUCGUAGUUAACCGUUGUUUUAUUAUACUUAAGUAAAUGAUUGUAGUUUAGUGAUUGUAUGAAAAUUUAGGUUUACUUUUACACAAAAAUUACUCACUAUUAAGAUGUAUUAUUUAUUAAGUAGUUUAAUACGUAGUUAGUACCUAUUACGAAAGAAAUAUUUUUCUUGCCAAUUGGCAGAAGUGUCGUGUCUGCUGUAGACUAACUACUUAGAUUAGAUUUAGUUAAUGAAACAACAGAUGUCUGCGACGAUUUGUCAUGUAUUGUACGAUAAAAAUUGAAUAAAUAAAUAUCACUCUCAGCCACUCGCGACUUCAAUAAUAUACACGCUAUGUACAACUCUCACUUGACAUAAAUACUUCAUUGUCAACAAACAAACUUCAUUGUAAACUUUUCGCAAUAUUCUACACUAAUUGUUAAUAUAUAGAUCUAUAUACUUAGUAGGCGGUUGAUGAUACCAAGUCUCAUCUUCCUCGAGCACAAUUCGGCAAUGAGAUAACAAACAGCACGUUGAAUCGGUCCAUUUCUACAUUUUUAAAGACAACGUCAACUUCAAUCGGUAAGUUUGAUAUCAUCAACGUCCUUUACGUUAUUUAUUUUCCUUUAAUGGCCUACUUACACUAAUUAUUCUUAUAAAUAUCAUUUGGUAUUUGUUACAAAGUAAACAUU